AGUGAAUGCAGAGAUUCAAAACAAACUUUUUUGUGGUCUGGUCAAAGUGGUCUCUAAUUUUUCUUAACAUACAAUUGUGAAAUUUUAAAUUAAAUAAUAGCAGAUUAUUUAAAAUGGUGCAAACAUGCCGAUUUUGUGCUACAUCGGAUUACGUUACGAUAGAUUUAAAGGAGACAAGCUUACAUGAAAAAUUAGUUCGAUACUUCCCAUUGAAGUUCGAUUCGGAUGAUAUUUUGCCUAAAGUGUGCUGCGCUGAAUGCGCUUCUAUGAUUCAGAGCGCGGAAGAUUUCGUACUAAGAGCACAGGAAGUGGAAAACGAUUUCCGAAGCCGCCUUCAACCUAUGUCGAGUAGUAAAAAUUUGAUUUCCACAAAGUCUAUUCGAUCUUUAACCAGCUCAGCAGCAGUUCAGGCGCUCAAACCAACGCCACCAAGCGUCUGUGACGUUUUAAAGAAACUGAAUGCAUCCUCAGCAGUGGUUAUAAAACGCGUUGAUAAGCAGAAACCUCCAAUAAAGAAAGAAACCGAUUACAUUAGCGAACUUCCGCUGGCGAUGACGAUGGAAGUUCUGGACGAUGAGGUGGAAAACCUAAAAACGGAGGACUUUGUCCAGUUCAACGAUACCGAUGAUGAUGAAGAGGGGGAGGUAAAUGCCGAAAGAAGUUUUAGACAGAUUGUGUCCGUCGAUGUUAAAAAUGUCCCAUUUUAUGGAGAAGAUUCCAGUCAGGAUGGUUUCAUUGAUGAGGGUAGAUUAGAAGAUACAUCGGACGAUGAAGAUUAUAAACCACCGCAAACGAAAAUCAAAAGUUCCCCGAAAAAGGUAAAAGACGUAAAAACAGAUCGAAAGCAGCGUUCCCCGGGCAGCAAAGGCAUAGUUAUUAGACUGACUGAUCCUUGCCAUUACGUUUGUGUUACGUGUAAAGCGAAGUUUGCCAAAUUCGAAGAUCUUCAGGCUCACAUUGAUCAGAAUUUAUCCUGCAAAAAAGUCAACUGUACAUGUGAGCACUGCGGGAAAGUCUGUGACAGUCGUCGGGCUCUAUAUCAGCACCGAAUGUCUCACAAUCCUAAGCCACAGUUUGUAUGUGAUCAGUGUGGCAAAAUAUACACCAACUCCUUUAAUUUGGAGAACCACAAAAGCCAAGUACAUGGCGAAGAAGUUGAAGAGUUGGGCUACGUAUAUAAAUGUUGCGAGAAAACUUUUCCGACUCGUCGAGAAUUGAACGAGCAUAUUUCCACGCACACCAAACUACUGAAUCUACUUUGCGACACUUGUGGCAAAUCGUUUACUUCCCACAAGGCACUACGAUCACACAACAUGAGCCACCAGAAUAUCAGACCAUUUUCGUGUGACCUUUGCGACAAAUCGUUCCGCACCAAGUUAUUACUUGUACAGCAUUCCCAUGUACAUACUGGAAUCAAGGUUUUCAACUGCGAUGUAUGCGACAAAUCUUUUGCCAAAAAAGAGUCAUUGAAAAAGCACUACAAGUUACAUUCGAACGACCAAGUAACUUGGUCAUCAACGGGUGAAAAGAUUACCGUUAGACCGAUAGAACAAAUGCAGCAACAAGCGGCAGUUGAGGAAAAUGCGCAGCGAUCUUUGGAAACCGAACAACAUGCAGUGUAUCAUACAUAUGGGGAUUUUGCACAAAAUGCUGCAAAUAAUUACUAGUAAAAAUACAUAUGAAAAUUUACAGCAGAUCUUUCGUCUGUGUUCUUAUCUUUUUCAAAUGAGAACAAUGCUAAUUUGUCUGAUAUUGUCAUGUUAUAAGUUAUUCGUCAAUAUAUACUUGAUUUUUUUUUCUCAUUAAAAUCUUUAAUACCUAAUAAAGAAUAGUUAAUUCACAAAAUUCAAAAUUACAUUAAAUCUUACAUUAUAAUUUGUUAUAAAUCGUUUAUCAUUUAUAUUUCACUUUUCAAUAAACUAUUUACUAAUGGAACGACUGAUAUUUGCCGGUGUCGGUUUAGCUUUAGAAGAAAUAAUUUCCAACAUUGCUUUUUUGCUUUGCGAGUAUACCGUCAAGUUUUCUGCAUAAGCCCAUUUUCGUCAGUAGCAUAGGAGGUCGCAGCAAGCCGUGCUCGAGAACGCACGUGGUUUUUCCGACGUUGCGUUUUUUCCGUCCGUUUUUUCGCGAAUAAAAAAUUUUGGUGAAUUCGAUUAAAAAUCUAAUCAAUUUUUAGUUUCAAGUACAAAAUAAUGGUGAAACGUGGUGAAGCUAUUAACAACUAUGAUGCAGAGAAAAAAAGUUUGCAAGUUGUUCGGGAAAUUUAGAGUAAAAUAGGUGCAUUUAUUUCAAUUAGCGGAUCUUACCGCUAGCUCCGGAAAGCAGAGCGUUUAUUUUGUUUUGUGCUAUCAUCAGAUUUCAGUGUUGUAAAAGUGCUUUUUAUGCCGUAUGCGAGUCUUUAAAAAAAACGAUGCACGUGUUUUGUGAGAGCAAAAUGACCGGAAGUGUAGUUUGAAUAGAUGAGACUAUGAAACGAAGAAAAUCACAAACUUAGUGUAAUGGAAAAUUCCAGCUUUAAAAUGUUCAUUUAAUAAAUUUUAAUGUAUACCGCGAAAAAUAAGUUAAUUAUUAACAAUACAAAAAUUGUUAUCUUCAGACGAAUUGCUGUAGUAUUCCCACGCAGUCAUCGCCAGUGUGUUUUUGACUUUCUAACUACUGCUACCCUCUGAAGAUUUUUUUUUGCAAUGCGAUCUGCAUUCAUUAAAUCAGAAGCCGGUGGAUGUAGGUUCACUAAAAGUGUAUCGCAGCGCAUCUUGCAUAGUACGAUGUCCAUCUACAAUUGUCUACAGAUUGGUGAGCUCGUUCCUGUUUUCUCUUUUUUUAUAAGCUUAUAUGAUUUAGUAAUUGUAUUUAAAUUCUUCAUCAAUCCUAUCUGCCAAGUAGGAUUUCCUAUAAUAACCUUUCCCCUUCCUAUCUGAAAACAGCAUCCUGGGUCGUAUGAGUUCUCUGCACCUAAAAAGUUUCUUUAGCUGUGACAGAUUAUCCCCACUAUGAUUACAUUGACUUGUCGAGGUGUGCAUUGUAGUACUACACUGAUUUUCAAUGGCAACACUUGAAAUGAGUUAUGAAUCCAGAUACUCAUUUUGGCAUCUUGUAUUGUUCUUGAUAAUUAGUUGUACCGCAUGUAUCAGCCAAUGCAAGAUGUGUGUAGUCACCCAAUGCUAUGCUAUGCUAUGCUAAGCCCAUUUUCGUCAGUAGCAUCAGUUGCAGUUUCCAACGCAGGUGAUCGACGGCGUUUACUGGCACUUUGUUUUUCAUCUUCUCCGUUCUUAUUUUACAAAUCCCUUUAGAACCUCUUCAAAAUUGAUCUAAUUAAUGACUAAUAUAUCCUUCAUUGAUUCGGCAGCCAUUACAAACACGUGGCUAGAUCAAGCACUACGUUUGAGGUCUUCUUUUUUCUUGCAUUGAAUGGAAAACAGGUCUGUCUUCAAAGAGUUCUGAUCGUAAAAUUAUGCUGAUUCGCUGUAAUUAAAUAAUAAGCGUAACAUAAUUCUUUAUGAACCCUACUUUUAAAAAUUCUACUUCCACUUUGGUUUAUUUUCAGAAAAUGUGGUAUGUAACCGAAAUCACAGCAAUCUGAUUCUAAACUUCCAAAUUAGGGUGUCAUUCAAAAUUCAUCGUUAGUACAAAAUGGCUUUUCUUGUUAAAAAUUGUACCAUCUCGAAAACCAUAAUUACUCCUGUUUUAAGUUAUCGAUGUCUAUUACCUUUUUCGUCGAAAUCCGGUGGCUCCAAAGGAAGUGACGAUUCCUCGGAAGAUAAAUCCCAACAACAGCUCAAAGAUAUACACAGCUAUGAGAUCUUAGACGAUCCGAAUUCCCUUGUUAAAACGACUAUCAUCAAAAGAAAGGCAAUUUUUCGGCAACCUCGCACUCCAGAGGAACUCCUAGAGGAAGCUGCUAAAACAGUUGCCAAAAGACACCCGGAUGAAGAAAUCACGGAUCGAGCCAAAGUCAUAAAAGUUUCUGAUACAUCAGAUCGUAACGGAAUAGGAGAUAAGGAAUUCGAGAAAAAUAUUUACUGGGGUCAUGAUGGUAAGAAAAGCAUCGUUGGAUACGACAUUUUCCAAGAACUGGAAGAACGUUUAGAAGAAAUCCUUUCCAAAGAAGAGCCGGUUCACAAUGAGCAAUUAAAACAUGAACAAACCAACCCCCAAGGGUCUGAAAACGAAAUCAAAAGCCUCGGAAGAAUGAGAACCACACUUGAAACUUUGAAUAAGUUAUUGAAUUUCUUUUUAUUCCGUUCGUCGCGUUGUGAAAAACAUUGGUAGUUUUGUAGUUAAAUAAAAUUAUUAAAUUGUAAUGCAAA